AUGCUAAAAUCCACCAACGCCAAUGGUGUUUCAGUAUACCAAGUGUCUGGUACUAAUAUUUCAAGAUCGCUUCCUGAUUGGAUGGCCAGAAAAAGGAAAAGAGCUCUUAAGUAUGACGUCGAUUACCAGAAUCGUGUGGAGUUGAUCCAAGAUUUCGAAUUUAGUGAGGCUUCUAAUAAGAUCAAAGUCACUAAAGAUGGUCAAUAUGCCAUGGCAACGGGAACAUAUAAGCCUCAGAUCCAUGUUUACGAAUUCUCUAAUUUGGCUAUCAAGUUUUCUAGACACACUGAUGCAGAGAACGUGGACUUCGCUAUACUCAGUGAUGACUGGACCAAAUCGAUUCACUUGCAAAAUGAUCGUUCACUUGAAUUUCAGGUGAAUGGUGGCAGAUACUACAAAACCAGGAUACCGAAAUUCGGAAGAUGUUUGAGGUACAAUGAUGUGUCAUGUGACUUGUAUGUGGGAGCCUCGGGAAACGAGAUCUAUAGACUAAAUUUGGAACAAGGAAGAUUUAUGAGACCGUUCGAAGUGGAAAAUGAUACCGGUGUGAACAGUAUCGAUAUAAAUUCAGUUCAUGGGCUUAUUGGUGCUGGACUUGAGGAUGGAACUGUGGAGUUCUGGGACCCUAGAGCUAAGCAGAGAGUGAUCAAAGUAGUCAUUAAUGAUGGGAGUGGGUCUCAAGGUGAAGUGAGUUGCGUUAAGUUUAGAAAUGAUGGAUUGAAUUUUGCUUGCGGUACCUCAAAUGGUAUGACAAUGCUUUAUGAUAUGAGAACAUCGCUUCCAUUGCUUACGAAGGACCAGGGUUACGGCUUUGAUAUAAAGAAGAUCAUAUGGCUUGACAAUACUGGUACCGAGGACAACAACAAUUUGAUCAUGACUUCAGACAAGAAAAUUGCCAAGGUGUGGAAUUGUCAUAGUGGUAAACCAUUUGCGGCCAUGGAGCCCAGUGUAAAUAUAAACGAUGUUGAAUACGUUCCUAAAUCUGGUAUGUUCUUCAUGGCAACAGAAUCGAUAUCCAUGCACACAUAUUAUAUUCCAGAGUUGGGACCCUCACCUAAGUGGUGCUCAUUUUUGGACAAUAUCACUGAAGAAUUGGAGGAGAAACCUUCUAACACCGUUUAUUCUAACUAUCGGUUUAUUACGAAACAAGAUGUUAAGAAACUUAGUAUCGAGCAUCUUGUCGGCACCAAAGUUCUUAAGGCUUAUAUGCAUGGUUACUUCAUCAACACAGAGCUUUAUGAUAAGGUGAACUUGAUUGCAAAUCCUACUGCCAUGGAGUACGAAAGAGAAAACGAAAUCAAGAAGAGAAUCGAGCAGGCAAGAGAAUCCAGAACAAGAACUGCUGGAGCUGUAACAAACACGAAGGUGAAGGUCAACAAGGACUUUGUCGGUCACUUGGAGAAGAAAUUUGGAUCCGAUGUUGCGGAGAACGUGGUUAAUGACGAUCGUUUCAAGGAGAUAUUUGAAGAUCCUGCAUUCCAAAUUGAUACGGACAACUUUGAUUAUCAACAGAUUAACUCUUCUUCGAAUAAAAAUGGUACAGGAGAGGUGAAGCCACUUACUGCCGCUGAAGAGUCUGACGAGGAAAGACUCGAGGAAGAGGAGGAAGAAGAACAAGAAGCGAAAGAGUCAGAUAGUGAAAGUGAAUCCGAGAAAGAAGAAGAAGAAGAGAUAGAAACGAAGAACAUUGCCAAGGAAGCAAGGGCAGAAAAGAUUAGACAAAGACUUAUUAAGAGGAAGAAGCAGAAGAAACAUGAAGAAGGGGAGAAACGGAAAUUCUUAGCUACAUUGAAGACCGUGGAUGUGAACGAGAAUGGUAAGUCUGGUCAGAGCAAGACAGUUUCCUUCGGAAAGCAGGUGGAGUUACAAAGAAAGAAGAACCAGAAGGUCAAGGAGAGCCAAGAGAAGGUGAGGAUUCACAAGGCACCAUCUGGAGCUGCUGAGAUUACGUUUUCUUCGCAUAGGAAAAAACAUGGUGGUCAUAAUGAAGAGGACAAACAGGAACUACACGGAAAGAAGAAGCAGGUAUACGAAGGCAGAAGAAAGGCCAGCAAAAACACAUUUAGAGGAAUGUAA